AUGCCCAACACAAGCCUUCGUCGCCCUCAAAAGGGCUUUCGUCGGGGAGGAAAGGUUGCCUACCAUGGCGCUCGCACGCGGACAUUCGCGGCCUCGUCGAGAAACGAGGCCACCUCGGCCGACGAGAAGUGGGAGCGUACUCGGUUAGCGCACACCAUUGACGAGAACAUGGGCUUUGGACGUUACGAGAGCGGCAAGAAAAAGGAAGGCUGGCUGGUCAAUAUUCAACCAACGUCGAUCGAGGACGAGCGGAUACCUGGCGGCCGAGCAGCAGUUGACUGCUACUUCAUCGAGGAAGAUGGCUCGACUUUCAAGGCGACGGUGGAAUACGAUCCUUACUUCCUAAUCGCUGUGAGGAAGGGCCACGAGUCCGAGGUGGAAGAAUGGGCCAAGAGAGUUCCUGGAGACGGCGUUGUCAAGUCGAUUCGACGAGUUGAAAAGGAUGAUCUCAACAUGCCGAAUCACUUGGUUGGCUACCGAAGGACUUUUCUCGAGCUCAGGUUUGCCAAUGUCACCGACCUCUUGGCCGCGAGGAAGGAUAUCAUGCCCAUUGCGGAGAAGAACAAGAAGAACAUGAAUGCUAUGGAUGCCUACGCCGAGGUUGCAGCUGCUGCGAACGGCGAUUUCGACCUUUUUGAUGAUUCACGAGAUGACGACCGACAAAUGAACAACGCAUUUGCAGAUGCCAGUGACUUUAUUGUUGAUAUACGAGAAUACGAUGUUCCAUACCAUGUACGAGUAAUGAUAGAUAUGGACGUACGAGUAGGAACUUGGUACUUCGUGGAAGCGAAGCACGGGGUAACCAAGAUUUCUCCCAACGAUCAGAGAUCACUUCCAGCGGACCCUGUGGUUAUGGCCUAUGAUAUUGAAACGUCAAAAGCUCCUCUCAAAUUCCCCGACGCCGCCGUCGAUCAGAUCAUCAUGAUCUCGUACAUGAUUGAUGGUCAAGGGUUUCUAAUCACCAACCGAACAAUCCUCUCCGAAGACAUUGGCGACUUUGACUACACUCCCAAGCCAGAGUACCCGGGUCCUUUCAUGAUCUUCAACGAACCUGACGAGAAGGCCGUCAUCGAGAGAUUCUUCCUCCAUAUUAAGGAGGCACGCCCGACUGUCAUUGCAACAUACAACGGUGACUUUUUCGAUUGGCCUUUCGUAGAAGCCAGAGCUAGCGUCAACGGCAUCGACAUGUACCACGAAAUUGGUUGGAAGAAGGACAGCGAGGAUCAGUACAAGUGUAACUACAGUGUACACAUGGACUGCUUUCACUGGGUCAACCGAGACUCGUAUCUCCCCCAGGGUUCCCGUGGUCUCAAGGCCGUCACAGUCGCAAAGCUUGGAUACGACCCUGACGAGCUUGACCCCGAGCUGAUGACGCCGUAUGCCACCGAGCGGCCUCAGACUCUAGCCGAAUACUCCGUCUCAGAUGCCGUGGCAACAUACUAUCUUUACAUGAAAUACGUGCACCCCUUCAUCUUCUCUCUCUGUACCAUCUUGCCGCUGGGCGGUGACGAUGUGUUGAGAAAGGGAACUGGUACUCUCUGCGAGAUGCUGCUGAUGGUGCAAGCUUAUCAAAGAGAGAUUGUGCUUCCAAACAAGUAUAUCACACCGAAAGAGGCCUUCUGGGAUGGACAUCUCCUUGACUCAGAGACCUACGUCGGUGGUCACGUCGAGAGUAUCGAAGCUGGUGUAUUCCGAGCUGAUAUCCCUGUUGACUUUGCCGUCGAACCCAGUGCCAUUGACGAGCUUCUCAACGAUCUCGACGCCGCUCUGAGAUUUGUCAUCGAGGUCGAAGAGAACAAGUCAUUUGAUGAUGUUGAAAACUACGAUGAGGUCAAGGCCCAGAUCGUCGAAAGACUGAACAAGCUCAAGGAGACACCAAACCGCAACGAAAGGCCACUGAUCUACCAUCUUGACGUUGCUUCCAUGUACCCCAACAUCAUGACGACCAAUCGAUUGCAGCCCGACUCAAUGAUUAAGGAAUCCGACUGCGCUGCAUGUGACUUCAACCGACCAGGAAAGACUUGCGACAGGAGAAUGCCCUGGGCCUGGAGAGGCGAGUACAUCCCGGCAAAGCGAGACGAGUACAACAUGAUCCGACAUGCACUCGAAAAUGAAAGAUUCCCUGGAAAGCAUCCCAAUGCUCCACAACGGACGUUCCAGGAGCUGAGUGCGGAUGAGCAAGCAGGUCUUGUACGAAAACGUCUCCAGCUCUAUUCUCAAAAGGUCUACCACAAGAUCCACGACUCAACCACCAUUGUGCGAGAGGCAAUCAUCUGCCAGCGAGAGAACCCAUUCUAUAUCAACACUGUACGAGACUUCCGUGAUCGUCGAUACGAUUACAAGGGCAAGGCCAAGGUCUGGAAGGGCAAGACAUCAUCUCUUCAAUCAUCCGGCGCGCCUUCAAGUGAGGUUGAAGCUGCAAAGAAGAUGAUUGUUCUGUACGAUUCACUACAGCUUGCCCACAAGGUCAUUCUGAACUCGUUCUACGGAUACGUCAUGAGAAAGGGUUCACGUUGGUACUCCCUCGAGAUGGCUGGCGUUACUUGCUUGACUGGUGCCCACAUCAUCCAGAUGGCCCGAUCCCUGGUUGAGCGACUUGGACGACCGCUUGAGCUGGACACUGAUGGUAUCUGGUGUAUGCUGCCCGCGACAUUCCCAGAGAACUUUUCGUUCAAGAUGAAGGGUGGAAAGAAGCUCAACAUCUCAUAUCCUUGCGUCAUGCUUAACCAUCUCGUCCACGCCAAAUUCACCAACCACCAGUACCAGACUCUGGUUGACAAGAAGACGCUCAAGUACGAGACACACAGCGACAACUCCAUCUUUUUCGAAGUCGACGGUCCCUACAAGGCCAUGGUUCUACCCACGUCAAAGGAAGAGGACAAGAACUUGAAGAAGAGAUAUGCCGUCUUCAACGAUGACGGCAGUCUUGCUGAGCUGAAGGGUUUCGAGGUGAAGCGUCGUGGUGAGCUGAAGCUUAUCAAGAUCUUCCAGCAACAAAUCUUCAAGUUCUUCCUGGAGGGAACCACUCUGGCUGAAUGCUACGCUGCGGUCGCCAAGGUUGCCAACCGCUGGCUUGAUGUCCUCCAUAGCAAGGGUACUACUCUAGCGGAUGAGGAGCUGAUGGAACUCAUUUCCGAGAAUCGAAGCAUGUCCAAGACACUCGAGGAGUACGGAUCACAAAAGUCGACCAGUAUCACUACGGCGAAACGUUUGGCAGACUUCCUGGGCGAGGGUAUGGUCAAAGACAAGGGAUUGAACUGCAAGUUCAUUAUCUGUGCUCGACCCAAGAAUGCCCCCGUUACUGAACGAGCCGUUCCCGUGGCAAUCUUCUCUGCGGAAGAGUCAGUCAAGCGAACGUAUCUCAAGAAGUGGUUGAAGGAGGAGCCUGCCGACACCGACCCUCGAGCACUGCUUGACUGGGACUAUUACCUUGAGCGAUUGGGCUCCGUCAUCCAAAAGCUCAUCACCAUUCCCGCUGCUCUCCAGAAAGUUCGGAACCCAGUUCCCCGAGUACCGCAUCCGGAUUGGCUUCAGAGGAGGAUCAACAUCAAAGAUGACAAAAUGAAGCAGAAGAAGCUCACAGACCUGUUCAAGAAGAGCCCCUUGGAAGACAUCACGAACAUCAACGGCACUCAGAUGAACGAUCUCGAGGAUUUCGGGAACAAGCUCUUGAAGCCCAAGUCAGUCAGCUCAGCUGUGGCAGCCUCUCAAGCCGCAACAACGGUGCAGAAGCGCAAAGACCCAGAGCCUGCAGAGAACACUGAUCCAAUGGCUGCACUUCCCAAGGUCAUGCCAAGUCCUUCUGAGAAUUACGAGGCGUUCUUGAUGUAUCAGAAGAAGAAGUGGAAGUUGCAGAAGCAAGCUCGCAUUCGCAGACGACAACUCUUCGGUGACCGACGAGGACACGCCGGCAACAACAUCCAGCAAACGUUCAUGAAGCAAGCCCAUGUCACAUACAUGAACAACUGGCAGGUCCUGCAUCUCAAGGCUACCGACACGCCUGGCAUUGUCACGGCACAUGUCCUGAUCGAUGCCAAGAUCCACACGCUCAAGAUCAACGUCCCCCGUCAAGUUUUUCUCAACCUCAAGAGCAAGGAUCUGCCUGAUGUUGAGGUGGAUGGCUGCGAAGUUGAGCAGGUCAACUACACUCUCCCUAACGGUCACCCAUCCAGCCAUCUUUUCAAAUUAACGGUGCCAGAAGAUAUCUAUUUCAACGAGAGUGAGAAGUUCUCUCUGCUUUUCAACCACCCCAGUGUUGAGGGAGUCUACGAGAAACAGGUCCCCCUGAACAUUCGGGCUGUCUUGCGCCUUGGCAACCAGUGCACCAUCGACGAGACACAGGACGCUGUACUUGGCAAGGGACUUGAGCAGGGCUUCGAUCUUGCAGGUUUGAAGCGACCAGCCAAGCCUCGGACAUAUCUCGACACGUCUCCCCUGGCUUACAUCUACAUCUCUCACAUCACUGCGGGCGAGCGCCAGAUCUUUGGCAUCUUCUCAACAACAAACGAUCAAGCCCACGUCGUGAUCCUGCAGAAAAACAAGGACUCUGGUCAAGAUCUCCCCAACAUCACCAGGAUGUACUCUGAGAUGCUUGCCCGACGAAACGAGGAGGCGGCCGGCACCAACUGGCAAGACUGCUUCAGAUACCAAGAAAAGCUGCAGUUCAAGAUCACGCAAGUAACGACACGACGCAAGGCGCAUCUGGAGCUGGGCGACAUUGUCAAGAAGAUGCGCAAGGACGAGCAUCGACCACAGAUGAUGGUGAUUCAGUCUUCUCAGCGCAAGCUGCUGAUCCACGAUGUCCCAAUCCUUGGAGACUUCCCUGUUCUUCCGCUGAAGUAUGAUGCGGCGGAUAGCUCGUUACCACCCCUGGGUUGGCAGUCUGUGAUCGCUAAGCGACUCGUAGGCCAUUACCUUGGCCUUGGGUCGUGGAUCUUGCACCUCACUGCUCUCGCUCGGUAUGGCGAUGUCCCCCUAUGUAACUUGGAACGCGAUGAUCCUCGGUUCUUGAUCGACGUUGCCUAUGCUCGGCGACUGCAAGCCAACGGGGUCGUUCUUUGGUGGUCUCCUGGUUCACGACCUGAUCACGCUGGCUACGAAAAGGACGACCUCCUUGGACCUCUAGACACUGUCAAGAUGCCAAGUGUGAACAAUCCUGGAACCUUUUCAUCAGUUUGCAUCGACAUUGAUGUCCGCAACCUUGCCAUCAACACCAUCUUGACAUCGUCUCUGAUCAACGAAUUGGAGGGUGCCGACUCGGUCUCGUUCAACCCUUCCGCAGACGACUCUGAGACACUUACUUCAGAGAGCGCAUUCGCCAAUGCGGGCGUGCUCGUCCUCCGCGAGAUGGUCAAGGCGUGGUGGGCUGAAGCUUGCCGUGGCAGCACCAUGGCUGAUGUCUUGGUGCAACAUUUGGUUCGCUGGGUCGAGAACCCUGACUCGUUCAUGUAUGAUCGGGCUCUGCACUACUACGUCCAGAUGAUGUCUCGCAAGGCCUUCCAACAACUGAUGGCCGACUUCCGCCGCGUCGGUUCUCAGGUGGUGUUUGCCAACGCCAACCGGCUCAUCCUCCAGACUACAAAGGCCGAGGUGGGCAACGCAUACGCCUACAGUCAGUAUAUCAUCAAGUCGAUCAAGAGCAAGCCGCUUUUCCACUUUAUCGAUCUGGAGAUCAAGGAGUACUGGGAUUACCUUGUGUGGUAUGAUGAGUUUAACUACGGAGGCAAGGCGUGUCAGGAGGUGAUCGAGGCUGAGGAGCAGAACCUCGAAACGGUCAUGAACUGGCAGAUGGCGACUUUCCUCCCUGUGCGUCUGCAGCCGACGUUCCAGGACUGGGUGAUUGAGUUUAUCCAGCUCAUGCACCAACUCAAGCGGCCUCAGAAUGGAGAUCCAGACGCGACACCGCGGUUAACGCAGCUGCCAAGCAAGGGUUUGGAGAAUCAUGAAGGACAGAUCAUUCUGGGCAAGGCAUUCGAGAAGCCUCUGAAGAAGGAUAUCGUUGGCCUCAUCAACAAGCAGAAACGCGAACUACUCCAUCCAGAGCUCGCCGAAGACUACUCGUUCCCUAGCCUGCCUGGCUCGCACCUCACUCCACGCAACCCCAUCCUCGAGCUUGUCAAGUCCCUGAUGCAAGUUCUCUCGCUUGACAAGAACAUCACGCUCGAGGCGCGUCUGCUUCGCAAGGAGCUCCUGGCGCUAUUUGAGGUUCGAGAGUUUUCCAAGGAUGGCACGUUUACCAACCCGUCUGAGAGCCUGCGUCUCCUGCAGAUUUCGUGUGACAGCUGUACUAUGGCACGAGACCUUGAUUUGUGUCGAGAUGAGGAUCUCUUUGGUGAAGGCACGGCAUGGCGAUGCGGCUUUUGUGGAAGUGAAUUUGACCGUGUGGCCAUUGAAGAGCGACUACUCGGUAUGGUGGAGAGCUGGGUUGUCGAGUGGUCAACCCAGGAUUUGAAGUGUGUCCGUUGCGGAGCACUGAGGCUCAACGACUUUAUGGAGCACUGCACAUGCAGUGGAGAGUGGAAGGAGAUUGUGUCGAGGCAAGAUGUGAGCAAGAAGUUGGGUGUCAUGAGAAGGGUGGCCAAGUUCUACGGGCUCAGGAUGCUCAGCGAUGUUGUGGAGGAACUGUAUCAGGGUUUGUAA